AUGCCACAACAGAGCCAAAGCAGUGCUAGUGGAAAUGUGGAAUACAACGUGGCCAAGCGGGUACCAACCCCAGAUCCAGCAUUGAGGUCGAACCCCAGCACUGUGGAGCCCAAGACGAAGACCACCUACGAAAAGGACCAAGAGUCCCGAAAUAGGCGCAAGCUCUCGACAUCCGGCCCUAGCCGGGUACCAUCCCCAGAAACAUCACGGUGGCACAAGGGCAGCACGUUGGAGCCCGAGGCCAAUACCACUUACGAUAAAAGCCAAGAGUCCCGGACAUCGUCACGCUUAUGGAGCAAAACUCAUAAGAAGGGGAAAGGGAAGAAGAAAUGA